CCACACAGAAACCAAGAUAAUCUCGCUUUCCAAAGAACUUGAACAGAAAGAACAACGCAUAAAAGACCUCACAGCGCAAAACACUUAUCUCCAAUCCCAAACCACCGCACUCCAAUCCCAGAUGCACGAUGCCCAAACCGAGUCCCGUACCCACCUCACCCACCUCACCCACCUCCAAAACACCCACACCGCCCUUUCAAAGAACCUUCAAGAAUCUCACGCACAGGUAACCCACCUCCGACACGUAGUGAUGACAGGGGACACCGAGAAAAAAGCAUUAGAAGACAAACUCCGCGUAUCAGAACAAAACCUCUGUGCAUCAGAAGACAAACUCUGCGUAUCAGAAGAAAACCUCCGCGUAUCAGAAGAAACCCUCCACGUCUCAGAACAAAACCUCCACGCAUCAGAAGAAAACCUCCGCGUAUCAGAACAAAACCUCCACGUCUCAAAAGACAAACUCCGUACAUCAGAACAAAACCUCCACACAUCAGAAUGCGCACGGAAACACAUCUCAAACGAGUUGCUGAUGCAGGUUAACGCGAAUAUGCAUCUUGUGGGGGAGAUUAAGGGUAUGGAGGAGAGGGUGAGGUUUUUGGAGAGAGAGAGGGAUGGGUUUAGGGAGGUUGAGGAGGUUGGGGUUGGGGUUUUGGAGAGUACGGCUGUAGAGGCGCCUGGGGAGGAGGAGGAGCAGGUCGUUGGUGAGGAAGAUGAGUCCCUGUUUGGUAUUUGAGGCCCUGAGGACUGGAUA